ACGUAACAGUCUGUCUCUUGUUAAGCUGAAAACAAACACAUUCAUAAUCAUUUCCCCCAUAAACUACAGGCUACAGUAAUGUCCUCAGCCGUUCUGGUUUGUGCAGAGUCAUCGUGUGCCUCCUCGGCUCUGCAAGACUUCUCUCUGCUCUAAUGACUGGAGCUAAAACACAGUUUGCUGAGUCACCCUACACCAAAAGCAUUCCCUCCGCGCCGUCUCUGGAGGUUACACCGUCCCACUGUAAUGUCACAGCCAGUUUUUACUCCAUUUAUUAUGAUGUUAGAAGAAAACUUUCUUUUCUGUCUCUCCAGAGGGUCAAUAAAUUACACCAACAACAAGUUGUCCUGAAAAAAAAAAAACAAGCCCACAACAUCCAGUGUUCCCGUUUCAGCCCACACCCAACUGCCUGAAAAAGUCCUCCUGGAGAGAGGAGAUAAGAGCGGCCUCCUUCUGAACGUGACUCAGCACCAGCAGCUCCUGAGAUAUGGCUACCUGGAAGGGUCAAACGUGUGGAUCACUGGAAGCCACACGGCCACGAGGCAGCGUACCGGAAAGAUCAUUUAAAAUAUAAGGCCAACCAUGGGAAUUAAAUGACCCUAUUUGUUUAAGCCAAAAUUGCUUUCUAACUCAUUAUUUAUUGAAUAUUUCUAUAAAUAUUAAUGCAAAAAUUAUACCUUUUUGGAUGAUUGGUAGCAGUACUGUUAGUACAUCCAUCCUUUCUGAGUCUAAUGAUAUAUUUAAUAAAGUAAUGCUGAACAGGUCAGAUUGCACUGUAACAAUCUUAAUAUAACGUCAAAAGAAUUCAAUUUUUAUUCCAUCCUUUCUCCAAACCUCUUAUCCUCUGUACAGUCACAGGGACAAUUGCAUUGUUAGUUAAAAAACAAAUAAAAUAAAUUAAAACUCUGUUCACCAAAUUAUGCAAUUAAUAGACUUGGGAGAGGAACCAGAAAGUGAUCCACCCAGUCUCUGUGGCUCUGAGAAUACCCUUUAUUCCUAACUAGAAACUGACAGGAUGCACAGCUUUCAUCUAAAACAACAUCGGUUUAAUGCCAUAAGUUGUGUUUUCUUAAACCUAAUCCUAGAUGAUAUGAUUUCCAGUUCUCAUCAUGCCCAGGUGUUAUGUUUACAAACAAUUAGACAUGUGUAUCAUAUAGUAUUUCGCAUUAACCGCAUACAUAUGCAUGCAUAGGCUUUACAUUGGUCUUCACCUUUUUAACUCUAAAACUCCCCGCAGACAGUAUUCAAAGAACUCCACCACCACUCCUCUGUCAUGACACCUCAACGAGGAUUUAUGUAAAGGAAUAGAAUAGAAAAAACUAUUAAAAAUGUAGCCUGUAUAGAGAUUAGUAUAUGAUAUUAAAAAAAAAGAAUAAGUAGCUUUAUGCACGUUUUAUAUAACAGUUAUAUCCGGUCCGUGCCUAUAUUCAGUAUAACAGCACUGGGACUUUUCACUGCUUGUACCAUCUUAUCCAUUUCCUGACUUAUUUCCAGAAUUAUUAAUUCGCAUAAGAGACAUCACUAAUCGCUACAUGCGUGGUUUGAAUGCAAACGUGUAUAUAUUCAAAGAACAAUCUCUCUCGCUAUAUCUUACUGGAAGUCAUUUAAAUCACCUGGUGCCCCUGUAAGUUUGAUAAGGCCCUCUAGUGGGCUCCAGCCCCUCCCCUGCUUCAAUUAAUUAACGCAGCCUUAUCCCUUUCUCAUUUAAAUAGACAUCAAUUCACUUCUCAUUUAAGAAAAGUGUUCUAAAGCAGGUGACAUGAGAUCAAGAGACCCCUGUCCCUCUGAGAGAAAUAAAUAAAUAAGAAACGAUCGGUCCACUGUCCUAACCCGCCUCAUCCCAUCUCAUGCAUGGCUGCCAGUGAUGGUCUACUGGGUGUCAGCUUUUAUUGGCACGAUACAAAGCGAAGUGCCAAGCUCUGCUGCCUCGAAUCCCCGAGCAGACUCGGCCUCUGGAAUAAAAGCUUGCAAAAUGUCUCGCCCGAGCACAGAGACAUAGCAAUGCUGGGCUGGAAGGAGGAAGUGCAGUGGAGAGGGGAGGGACCGCGCGCGGAGUUCCAGACUGCUGCCGCGGCGCUGAGAACUUGCGCGCAUGGAGCGGCGGGGGACAGCUGGAAGAGCUUCAUACUGCAAACUCAAGGAAUAGCAGAGUACCUGCACAGGAUGGAGACUGAGGAGGCACAGGAAAUGUCCCAGAUAACAGGAAGGGACAGCCCGACUGCUAACGAGGGGGCAGAGGACCAAGACGAGGCCAUGCCCGUUCCUGAAGACUUGUCAGCCAGCACCGGCCUCCAACACAACAACCGCACAGACAAACCACUGGCCUGUAAUAUAAAAGUUGAGGCUCGGAGUGACGAGGAAAACGGGCUGGCCUGUGAGAUGAAUGGAGAGGAGGAGGAAUGUGCAGCCGAGGACUUGCGUGUGCUCGAUGGCUCAGGGGCCAAAGUGAACGGCUCCCACGCAGGCCCCGACAGCAAGCCGGCCGCCUACCCCACGGCCGGGGGCAUCCGCCUCCCCAACGGGAAGCUGAAGUGCGAUAUCUGUGGGAUGGUUUGCAUUGGGCCCAAUGUGUUAAUGGUGCACAAGCGAAGUCACACCGACGACAGAAAGUCAUACAGGUUUGGAAUGACAAACAGUAAGGGAGAGAGGCCGUUCCAGUGCAACCAGUGCGGCGCGUCCUUCACUCAGAAGGGUAACCUGCUCCGACACAUCAAACUGCACUCCGGAGAGAAACCUUUCAAAUGUCACCUAUGCAACUACGCUUGCCGCCGCAGGGACGCCCUCACCGGACACCUGCGCACGCACUCGGUGGGAAAACCUCACAAGUGUGCGUACUGCGGGCGCAGCUACAAGCAGCGGAGCUCGCUGGAGGAACAUAAGGAGAGGUGUCACAACUACCUGCAGUGCAUGGGCCUUCAAAAUAGCAUUUAUACAGUGAAGGAAGAGAACAGCCAGAAUGAGCAGAGGGAGGACAUGCCUGCAUCUGAGAGAGCCUUGGUGCUAGACAGGAUAGCUAACAAUGUAGCUAAGCGUAAGAGCUCUAUGCCACAGAGGUUUGUGGGAGAGAACCGUUUGUCGGAGCUGUCGUUCGAGAGCGGCUCGGGUGAGCUCAUGCAGCCUCACGUCAUAGAUCAGGCCAUCAACAGCGCGAUUAGCUAUCUGGGAGCGGAGUCCUUGCGGCCUCUGGUUCAGACCUCCCCUGGCUCCUCCGACAUGGUGGUCAGCCCUAUUUACAACCUCCACAAGACGCAAUCGGCCGAAGGCAACGGCGUGUCCGCGAAGGACAGCGCCGCAGAGCACCUCCUUCUGCUGUCCAAGUCCAAAUCGGCCUCCGUGGAAAAGGACGGCUCGCCCAGCCCCAGCGCCCAGGACUCCACCGACACCGAGAGCAACAACGAGGAGCGGGCGGCCGGGGCAGGCGCGGCGGCGGCCGCCGGGGGGCUCAUCUACCUGACCAAUCACAUGGCUCCAGGUAUGCGCAACGGAGGUCUGCCGGUGGUGAAGGAGGAGCAGCAGCGGCAUUUCGAGGCCUUGCGGGCAGCGGGGAUGGAUCUGAGCAUGGCGUCAUCGGAGGGCUUUAAGGUGCUGAGCGGAGAGGGGGAAGAAUUGAGGGCGUACCGCUGCGUCCACUGCAGAGUUUUGUUCCUGGACCACGUCAUGUACACCAUCCACAUGGGAUGCCACGGCUUCCGAGACCCCUUCGAGUGCAACCUGUGUGGUUACCGCAGUCAGGACCGCUACGAGUUCUCAUCGCACAUCACGCGCGGAGAGCACCGCUACUGAGUUAACACACAGAGACGACGCACAUGCGCUCGAACACACGUUCUCUCACGCAGUCAACAUUUCGGGAUUUUUUUAGACACUGUCCAUACCCUGGAUUUUUUUUUUUUUUCAAGUUUCGUGUAACAUUGUUGAUUUUUUAUUUUUUUGUACAUACAGUUGCCUAUAUAUUUUGCUGUCUUGUCUAUUUUUCUACAAUGGUGUGACUUUAUGUAGACUUAAAAAAAAAAACUGUAACUGAAAACAGAAUUUUAGUGUUUGAAAGUACAUUUUUAAAUCAUCCCAUAAAAACAAAGUUUUCUCUGCCCUAAAGUUACUAAGAUGAACUAUAAUUAUAAUUAAUGCUAAUAAUUACAUGACGUUAUAUUAUUGGCGAGAUGCGAUGUAAACUCAUGUGUCUCUCUUUUCUGUGUUCCAACAGUUUACUCUUUAUUUUAAAUACAUACUUUUUAUAUUAAGCAGCAUAAAGUUGUUCAUAUCAUUUUUUUUUUAUUUAUUACAAUAAUGUCACAAAUUGUGCAUUUUAUGUAACAUGACUCCUUUUUGAAACCUUCCCCUGUAUAUUGAACCAAAUAUAUGGCAGUACAUAUUGUAACUGUUUUUUGUUUUGUUUUUUAAUAAAUUUCACAGCUUUUU